GUGGCAGAACACGCUCCUAAGACAGUGACUUUGGGAGGCAUAGCCUACCAUGUAGCCUAAAGAAAAUUGUUUUGUCGUGGCAUUGGGUGAUUCAAGAUUCAAACAGCCUGCAGAAACACAUCCAGAGCACAGGAGAGCUGGAGGACUCCAUUUUGAAGGGACCGGGUGUGCAGCCAGCCAGAGACAACCACAGCAACUCGUCUCAGGAAAGGAAACCCAUCUGUUUUUCCGGGCGCAUGUGUGCUGCCCAAGUGCGUGUCGGGGUAGAGGUGGUGGUGGUGGAGAAGAUGCCAGUUGUUGGCACAAGUUUGGCAUGUGACAUGUCAUUGGUGAUGGCAGGCUGGUAUAGGUUAAUAAUUGAUGCUUGUAAUUAAGAAGAGGGCGGGGCUAUUUUUGGAGGUGUCGUGUGGUCGCCCAGUGCGCUUUUUGGAGGCUGUCAGCUCAGAUUGUUUUCUGUUUUUUUCUUUUCUUUAAGGGAGAUUUACGGCCCCUUCUGUGCUCCAUGCUGUGGACCGGCUGGGGAGGGAGGCAGUGGUGACGACUGACAGUGCGCACAGCAGAGAGAGAGACUGACUUUCAAGGGGCAUGCAGAGUCUGCAGGCAGGAAACAGCCAUUCAACAGAGCAGAAAUCCAUAGACGGCGAAUUAUAAAGUUGUAGUUAUCACAAAGAAACAAGGGGGAGUGUCGCUGGAGGAGCACAACACGCCUGAAUUUCUAUUCCAGGGGCCGCUGGACCAGGCUUUAGCGCAUGUAGAGAGGAGGAGGAGGGGGGAGGAGGAGGAGGAGGGGAGGUGGGGGUGAGUGAGUACGUUUCACAGGAUCCAGGCCUAGUAGUAUUGCCGCUGGGACUCUCCUCAUCCGCUUUCAAAAAAUUGGAAAUUGGCACAUUUAAACGCCAUAAUGAACGGGUUGAGGGUCAUGUUUGCGGUGGCCGACACCGGAAUGGAAGGAACAAUGCCAGCAUGAGUGGGCCUUACACAGGCCCUGGCAGGGAGACUCAUCAGUCCAGCUGCCCUUUGACCCCCGGUCGUGACCUCUCCUCCCACUCUUGCUCCUCCAGACACCAUGACCACAGGAUCAGCCUCGCCAUGUCUGCUGCUGCCUCCUCCUCCUCCCUCAAGCAUGCAUCCAUCUUUGGGUUCACACAAAGGGACCACCACUCCUCCUCCUCUUCGUCCAACUACAGUCCCCUCAGGAGGCUGCAACAUCUCACCACCAUGGUGAGCCAGCCUGACUUGGUCCUGCCGAUAAGGGAGCCAGAGAGGAGCUGGGAGUGGGGGGUGAACAAGAAGGAGAGGGGGAAGGAGGUGGAGAGGGAUUCCUGGGCUGAUUGCACUAGCAGUGAUUAUCCUGGCAAACAGAAUACAAGCAGGGAGGAGAGCUUUGGUAACUCUUCUGCUGGACAAAAACAACCCGUGGUCCAAACUAGAAGUAGAGACGUGCCAGCGGCCAAUCGGAGCGAACCUGUUGUCUCUGAGAAAAAGACAGAAGGUUGUUUCUCAGGCCCGCCUAGCCCUGCCUUCUCUCUCGAUAGCAACAGCCCCUUUGCUAAUGGCUUCCUCCACUUUGAAUCCUCUUUAUUUGAGGAUGACGACAAUGAUGAAGAGCGGGAGGCCGUGUCACCUAUGAGAGGCUUACAGGACAAACAAGAGAGGGCGGGGAACGUCCGUCAGUCCACUACUGGAGACUUAAAUUUGGACUCUAAGGAUGCUACCCUGUCGUCAGCCAAGGUCGUCACCCGGUCCCAGUCCUCUGGUCAGCGCAGGAGAUACUGGGACGGCUCAGAUGACGAGUGGGAAAGCGACACCGAGCUGUUCCUGUUUGAGGAUAGUCACUCAAAGCAUUCAAUGGCAUACACCUCACAGUUGGUUCAGAUUUCCUGCCACAACAGUUCAGGCAAAGACCCAGAGAAACCUAGACAGGUCAAGCAAAGUCAAAAAAUCCCCAUACAGCAGAACAGCCUCAAGAAAAAGCCUUUGCCCCCUGUGAAGUUUUUAGAGGGUGAAGUUAUUUGGGCAAAGUUCAACCGAAGACCCUGGUGGCCCUGUGAGGUGAUCGUUGACCCCGUACAGGGAAUAUAUCACAGAGUGAAAGAGCCCAGUGACCGGCCCUGUCGGCUCUACCAUGUCAGGACCUUUGGGGAACCUGUGGAGCUAACCUGGGUUGAGGAAAAAGCAACUCAUACCUUCCAUGGAGGCUUUGAAUUUGAACAGCUCACCCUACUGCACCGGAGGGGGAAGCAAAGGGAGCAGAACUACAAAUAUACUAUUGCAAAGCGUUUUCAGGAGUCGUGGAAAUCCAGUGUGGCACAAGCUGAAUAUGUUCUCCCAGAGAGACCCAGAAUGGCUUCCUCCAAUCCUUCAUCUGUAGAUGAUACCUUCCACAACAUUUCUACUCCGGAGACAGUGAAUUGGGCCCAUCCAACCUUUCCUCCCUCUACUUCGCCCACCCUUCCUGAGACAUCGCACAUGACCAAUGGAUCUAUUUCAUCCCCCGUCAUUUCAUCACCAAUUACAACUCCAGCAAAGCCAAGCACUUUAAGGAAAUCUUCUGGCAAGAAGAAACCAAGUAAAUCGUCAAAGGAUAUGAUUAGUAAACACUCUAAAAAGAUGUUGCAUAAUAGCCCUGACCAGUCAGAUAGAGACAAUGGAGAGUGCCCAUAUUCUGAUCUCGACUCAGUCCCUAAGAUUUUGUGUCCUAAAGCACUUGAACGUCAGACUAAGCUAGUUCCAACUCAGCUAUCAAUUAGAGUUGUCAAAGAGGAGAAGAAGCAGCCAGAGAUUCAGAGUGGUCUUUGGUUUAGUAAAUCAGGCAAAGACAGACGACCUAAAACAACCAGUCCGCUGCCAGACCGCACUCUCUUUAGUAAGGUUCCCUGUAAGAAGAAGAACUCAUCUGUAGUAAGUAAAAAGACACUGGUUCCUAGUGCCUCCUCCUCCGGUGGUGGACCCACUGACCAGUCAGGGUUGUCAGAAAAGCAUAAGACUGAAAAAAAUCUGCCACCUGAACAGUCAGGAAAUUUUAAACAUAAAAACACCCUGGUUGCUAACAGGCCUUUUGGUUCAACUUGUAGUCCCGCUGACGAAUCAGGAUUGUCAGACAAGCAGAAGUCCCUGGUCUCUGUUGAGACUGGUGUGCCCUCUGACAAAUGUGGAAAGGGUAGACAGACAGUCAGUAAUACAAGUGACACUUUUACUGCCACAAAGUUGGACCAAUUUGGCAGCUCAGAUGCUAAAAAGGCCUUAGAGCCCAGCCUGACUGUCAGUUUCAAUGACCAGUCAAGGUUUUCAGAGAGUUUAAAGAGUGUCAGUCAAUCUGAACAUUCUGACAUCAUUACUAAUAAAAAGGACAGGAUUUCUGACCAAGCAGAAGAAGAAGAAAGUAACAAGACUCCGGCAUCCAGUUUAAAUGUUGACACUACUGACCCAUUAGCAAGGCUAGAAAAGCAAACAAGUCUGGUCUCUCAGUGUAGGCAGCCCUUUGUCAAAUUAAUACGCAAGGACAUAAAGGGUAAGAAGUUCCUAAACUCCAGUAUAACCAUUAGUCCCACUGACCAGUCUGGAUGCACAAAGAAUGAAAAAACACCUGAUAGUAAUGUGACUAACAUGUCCUCUAAACAAUCAGAUCGGGUGGACGGCACGGCAAGUGUCUCCAUAGAUCAGGUAGUCAGUUCAGAAGCCAUAAAGGUCUCAGUUAAGAAAUUAAAAGCUAGCAGUGGGACUGGUAUUCUUUGUCUCUCAUCAGAAUCAUCACAAGGGAAAACCAUUGCUGCAUCCAAUGUGGCAAGUGCAUCUGAUGAGUUAUGUAGCCCUGAAGCUGAAAGGAUACCAGUUUUAAAUGUAAGUCCAAACAAUGUGACUUUCUCACCCUCUAAACAAUCAGAUCGAUCAGAAGGAAAGAAGACUUCUGCCACCAAUGUAACAAGCAUGUCGUCUGACCAGCAGGGCAGCGCAGAGCAAAACAUUGCGUCUGUCUCUAGUACAGUUUUUAAUACAGCUACUCUGCCUUCUGACCAGCAUGGGACUUUAAUUUGUAGGAAUGCCCAUGUGCCCCAAGGCCUGUCUUCUAAAAAAUACAAGAAAGUUGUCCACAAAUCAAAGCUGGUUCCAGAAAAAGUGAAUAAAAUCCUACAACAGGAGCAGCCUGCCCACCUCCCAGCCAGCACUCGGCUGAUGACCAGAGCCCUGAAGGCCAUGCAAGAGGUGGAACAGAAGAAGCGUGAAAAAACCAGAAAGGAAGCAGAGCAGAAAGAACUCUUGAAUCCACACAGAAAAGCUGACAACCUUGUGUACCACUCUGCACGAAACUCCCGUUGGAAUGCUGGGGCCAAACUGGACAUUUGCAAUAAAGUAAAAUCUCUUGAAUCUCAUUGUAAUGAUGAUGGUGAGUCUGAUCAGGACGCUUUUUCUAGCAGUAGCACCCCCUCUUUUUCUGAUUCAGUUGACUUUGAGGCUGAUGUCAAGAGUGAAGAUGAAGACCUCUCGAUAUCCUCAACGCCACCAAUGGACUUCAUACCCCUUACUUCUAGGGUAAAAGCAAAGAAGGAAGAUAAUUCCUCUGACAUAUGCUCCUCAUCCUCACCUUCCUCACCAUUUUCUUUUAUGAAUGCUUUUAAAAACGUGGAGGAGGUAUCCUUCCAGUCCCUGAUAAAUGAGGGUGAUGGUAAACCCAUUUCUUUCAAACCAGACACAAACUACAAGUUCAGCACUUUUCUAAUGAUGCUGAAGGACUUGCAUGACACUAGGGAGCGAGAAGGGACCCCCUUAGAACUGGAAAUUGGGCCACCAAGUGCACAUGUUAAGGAGGAACCCUUAGUGAUGCCUGGGGAGGCUACACCUGCAGGCCAAGAUCAACAAAAUGAACAUGUUAAUAACAAUUCAAAUUCAAGUCCAGACAAAAUCAAACACAAUGAAGACAGCACAAAUCAAACAUCCAAAAGGCCCUAUAACAGAAGGGGAAGCUCUACUGGGGUGAAAAAGAAAGCCCACCGCAAAGUGCCUUGUCGUCCUGCCAGGUCUGGACCUGGUUUCCCAGGACUGGAGUCCUUGCCAGUAAUGGAUUCUUCAUCAGGAGUGGAUUGCUCAUCAAGAGUCCAGUCCCUGUUGGGCAUACAGACUAGCAACUGGGAGAGACAGGCAGGAGGUGGAGAUGAAGUGGUUGGUGAGGAGGAGGAGAGGUGGAGCAGAGUAAGUGAGAAUCAGAACAUGGUGCCUUUGGAGCAGACGGAGUGCGACACUACGCUGUGUCUGGAACAGCCGAAUGGCCUGGUUGCAGACUGCGCUGAAACUAACAAAAGCUUGAUGCGCAAUGCUGGAGAAGAUGACAAGGCUCCAACAGCACAUAAACGAAUAAGAAAACCGAGUAAGAGGUUGAUUGAAUGGACCGAAGAGUAUGAUCAGAUUUUCUCCACGAGGAAGAAAACCAAAAAGCCUCUCCAGUUGAUUGGAAAGGCCCCUCAGCCCAUUACCUCUGUGUCCGAACCCUUGAGAUCAGACAAGGAUUCACAUGACCACCCACCCUUGAACUUACUUCCUAAAAUACAGACACCACCUCCUGAGGAAAAUGCUGUAACAACACCCUCUGAGCUACAAAUUCCCAGCACUGAAAACACAUCUCCCCAAGAUGCGCCGGUGCUUUCCAUCGACACGCUAACCCCUCCUCCUGAAGCGGACCCUUCGCUGUCAGAAGUCCUCGUCAAAGACACCGGAAAAGCUCCAGUGCUGGGGAAGAAGCGGAAGAGGAAACCUACUCAGAAGAUCCUGGAGUACUGUCUGGAGGCAGAGGCCUCAACAGGCCCCAAGAAGAAGGUCAAACCACUGAAGACCAAUUCAAAUUCUGCUGCUCAAUCAGAUUCUGGGCCACCAUCUUUGAAAUCAAAGAGUAAGCAGCUCACAGCAUCCAGCGCCACACCGACAACCACAGAGACUUCAACCUGUACGCCCACACUGUCUGUACAGACAGGUCCCCCUCCCAGCAUUCCUACUCCCGCCUCUCCAGCGCUGGCCCCACCCGAACCCGUCCGGGUGGAGACUGCAUCGGUAGAGGUCGAUGCUCUUCAAACAGAGGACAGUAAGGCUCAAGAGGUCAAAAAGGACACAGCAGAGUCAGAGGGUGAACUGUCCAGCUUGGAUCACAGCUUCUCCUCCAUAAAGGACGACUUGUCGCUGUGUGACGACCCACUUUUACCCUCGAGGAAGAUCAUAGGGGACCGAGGAGGCCCUGCCUCCAUGAAGGAGAACAUAUGUCAGGUGUGUGAGAAGACUGGGGAGCUGCUGCUCUGUGAAGGGCAGUGCUGUGGAGCCUUCCACCUGCCCUGCAUCUCUCUGGCCGAGGCCCCUAAAGGGAAGUUUAUCUGUCCGGAGUGCAAAUCAGGCAUCCACACCUGCUUUGUAUGUAAAAAACGUAGUGAGGACGUGCGGCGCUGUAUGAUUCCUGUGUGCGGGAAGUUUUACCACGGGGAGUGUAUCGCCAACUUCGCGCCGACUGCACCUGUGAACCGAGGCUUCCGCUGCUCGAUUCACGUCUGUCUCACCUGCUUCAUCACCAAUCCCAACAGCUCGUCCAUCUCUAAAGUAGGUCGCCUGGUUAGGUGUGUGCGCUGCCCAGUGGCCUAUCAUGCGACAGACCUCUGCAUGGCAGCAGGCUGUGUUGUCCUGUCCAACAACAGCAUCAUCUGCCCCAACCACUUCACCCCCCGCCGCGGCGUCAAGAACCACGAACACGUCAACGUCAGCUGGUGCUUCGUCUGCACCGAAGGGGGCAGUCUGCUGUGCUGUGAGUCCUGUCCUGCUGCGUUCCAUCGGGAGUGUCUGAACAUGGAAAUGCCUAAAGGUAGCUGGUACUGCAACGACUGCAAGGCUGGGAAGAAACCUCGCUACAAGGACAUCCUCUGGGUGAAGGUUGGGCGGUACAGGUGGUGGCCAGCAGAGGUCAGCCAUCCCAAAACGAUCCCAGAGAACAUCCAGCGGAUGAGGCACGAUGUCGGAGAGUUUCCUGUUCACUUCUUUGGCUCCAACGACUACCUGUGGACCUACCAGGCCCGAGUCUUCCCUUAUAUGGAUGUGGACGCCAACAGCAAAGAAAAGAUGGGGAAAGGUGUUGAUGCCACCUAUAAGAAAGCUUUGGAGGAGGCGGCCGUGCGAUUUCGUGAGCUGCAGGCAGAGAAGGAGCUUCGGCAGCUUCAAGAGGACAGGAAGAACGACAGGAAGCCUCCCCCAUACAAACAUAUUAAGGUGAAUCGACCAAUAGGAAAGGUUCAGAUCUUUACGGCCGACCUUUCGGAGAUCCCGCGCUGUAACUGUAAGGCGACAGAUGAGAGCCCGUGUGGGAUGGACUCAGAGUGUAUCAACCGCAUGCUGCUGUAUGAAUGCCACCCGCAGGUUUGCCCGGCCGGUGAGCGGUGCCUCAACCAGGCGUUCACCAAGCGUCAGUACAGCCAGGUGGAAAUCUUCAGGACGCUGUCUCGAGGCUGGGGGCUACGCUGUGUCCACGACAUCAAGAAGGGUCAGUUUGUGAGUGAGUACGUCGGAGAGGUGAUUGACGAGGAGGAGUGCAGGUCCAGGAUCAGACACGCUCAGGAGAACGACAUCUGUAACUUCUACAUGCUAACUCUGGACAAGGACCGAAUCAUCGAUGCUGGACCGAAGGGGAACGAGGCUCGCUUCAUGAACCACUGCUGCCAGCCGAACUGUGAGACGCAGAAGUGGACGGUGAGUGGAGACACCCGGGUGGGACUGUUCGCUCUCGUCGACGUCGCUGCAGGCACAGAACUUACAUUCAACUACAACCUCGAGUGUUUGGGGAACGGGAAGACGGUCUGUAAAUGUGGAGCACCAAACUGUAGCGGCUUCCUUGGCGUCAGGCCAAAGAACAACCCUCCCUCUGACGACAAAGGUCGUAAGCUGAAGAGGAGGGGCCAUGGCAGGAGGAAGAAGAAGGUGGUGGUGACCAAAGAACGGGAAGAUGAGUGUUUCAGCUGCGGAGAUGGAGGACAGAUGGUUUCCUGUAAAAGACCCGGCUGUCCCAAAGUUUACCACGCUGACUGCCUCAACCUCACGAAGAGGCCUGCAGGUCGUUGGGAAUGUCCGUGGCACCAGUGCGACAUAUGUGGCAAAGACGCCGCGUCCUUCUGCGAGAUGUGCCCCAGUUCCUAUUGCAACCAGCACCGCGACGGUCUGCUCUUCAUCUCCAAGCUGGAUGGCAAGCUGUGCUGCAGUGAACACGACCCCUGUGGCCCUGAACCUCUGGAGCCAGGGGAGAUCCGGGAGUACACGCCCGAACCCAGAGCCCUGACCUCAGGUCUGGGCAUGGCCGUCAUCCCCUCUGCUGCUUCUAACACUACUACCAGUCAGAACCCAACCAGCAGGCGGGUCCAGGAGAUCAGCGCCGGCGCUGGCAUGUGCGCAUCUGAGUCACUUCCUGAUUUUUCCAUCCCAGUACCCAUCACUAUUCCUGUUGCCGCGCCUGCCGCCUCGCCUCCCCCCAGCAGCUCUGAUGCACCCAGCAGCCCGCACGUGUUUGACCUCCCGCACUACUCGCCCAUCUCCUCAUAUGAGGAAGAGAGGGAUGUCUUAGAGGAGGAAGAGGAGGAGGAGGAGGAAGAGGAGGAGGAGGAACUGCUGGCAGAAGUGGAGGAGGAGGAGUCAGGGGAAGAGGGUGAGGUGGGGAGGCAGAAAUCAGAUCCUCACGAAGAGGAUGGGGAGUCGCUGAUGGAGGAGGAGGGGCUUGAAUACGUGGAAGAGGAGGAUGACGAGGAAGAUGAAGAGGAAGAGUGACAGUGGAUUAUUAUUUACCAUGGCACAGUUGAAUAACAAGCCCGCACAGUCACUACAGUGGGAAGAAAAUGAAUAUUAAUUAAUUCACAUUUACACAAGUAGCCCAGUCCGUCACUGUGUGCAGGUAGACAUAGGGAGGAAAUGUUUAGGACAAAACUAAAUCAACACAUAAAUAAAUUGUUCAAAUCUUCAUAAAUAUAUAAAUAAACAGCAUAAAUACUGUAUAGAAUCAUAUAUACACACAGACAGAUCAUUCUUAUUUAGUAUUUAUUUAGUUUUGUCCUGGUAAUCGCUCCGUUUUUCCCAGACCUCGGUACACACUUGCUAUGGAAAAAGGUUCACUACACAGUGACUUUGCACACACUGGUGCUGACAGCGCCUUGACACGGCAGAUCUAGACAAAGAAAAUCAUCCGGAGACGCUACAUAGAACUCCGAUAUACUUGUUUUCUCUCAUUCUGGCCGGUUUGUUUUGGUAUUUCUUUCAGUAGUAUUUGAGGUGUCAUAUAUGUCAACAAGCUGUCCAUGUAAGUUGGAGACAGUUACUGUGUCUGCAGCAUCACAGAGGCAGAGUGUGGGUGUUUCCUGCUAGAAAAGACUUCAGCCCUUGUAAAUGACUUCGAACAAAUGGUUACCACCUUUUCAUCGCUGCAGAUCGGGGGUGGUUGUGCCAGGGGAAAAAAUGUAUUUAUCCGUAAAUAAACCGGUUUCAGUUCUCUGCCCCCUCUUGUGAUCACAGCAUGAGCUGCUGUCAGACAUGAACAGUGUUCCAAAUUAAACACAACCAGACUCUACUGGACUGAAAUUUGUCCUUGUGGUCAGUGGACUUUGGUUACGUUCAAUCAGUUAAAUAAUGUAUUAUUAGGAUUUUACUCAUCACAGCUUCCAUUUACACUCCAGUUCUUCUUGACGCCUCAGUAGAUCGUUACAUGGUGCUUCAACAGUUGAGUGCUUCAACAUCAGACCAUCUACGAAAAUGUGAAAGUGCCAGAUGAUCGGCUGCCUGGCGUAGCCACACCAUGAGUUCACACGAUAAGCGACUCGAGAACUCACUGCAGCUUUGUGGUUGUUGGUCACGGCUGUUGAAAUAUCAUGCAGUCAGGUAGAAUGAAAUGUUGUUUAGUUUCAGUUCCAGUAUCAGGAAGAAACUUUCUCUAAAUGUUACGAUUUUUAUGCCAAAAAAAAGGGUGUGAGACUGACAAGGAUUCAGUGUUUGGCUGACAAUAAUCUUUAUUUUGGGGUAGGAAAGCCACAAAGAAAGUGUUUAUACCAUGAUGGUGACACUAAAGCUGUCGCAUAGGUUAUUUAGCAGCUCCAUAAGGAGACAGGUUGGACUGCAGGUUUCACAGACAUCAUCUAACGCUGGGCAACACAAAACUAUGUCUUGCCCUCGCUGGUGGUCUGAAUGCAGAGAUGGCACUAAGUUUGCUCCAGUGUGUAUGCUGUGUUCUGUAGUCAUUAUUUAUAAACUGUUCUGUGACGCACAAAUGAUGACGUGGGUGAGACAGGCUGCUCGUUCCUCGUUCCCUCCUCAUCUUGAAAGUCUUCGAUUGGAUGCGAGGCGCUUGGAUGGACGAUGGACUCCUGCCAUAAUGCUUGCACUUCAGUAUGUGUUCUUGCCACACGUGUUUUGCUCUGUCUUCAAGCUUAAUAUUGUCUGUGUGUUAUCUGCCAAUGCCUUAGAGUGUAUUUCUUUGGAGAUAUUUUUAAGGAAUGGUUUGGUGCCUGUGAGAGCCAAGUGUCCCUACUAAUGCCUUUUUACAGUUGCCCAACAAGCAAUGUUUCAUUCCAGUGUAAUUAUGACCCGUUAGACCUCCACCACCCAUUGACCUGUUAAAACAACGGCUAUAUAAAUAUAAGAAAAAGAAGUUAUGAAAUAAGCUUUGUACUUGUUCUUCUUUUCAUGAACUAGAAAACAUAGAUCUGUGAAUUGAUAAAAAUGAAAGCCAC